AUGGAGAAAUGGGAGAAGAUGCGCGUGAAUAGUGCUUAUGAUUGGGAGGGUGGGUGUUCGAUUCCUGUUACAAGCAUUGUGGAGUGGUUUUGUGACUUAAAUCCGGUUCUAAAUUGCCUUCAACCCAGUAUCACAUCAGAUCAGAAUGGUUUCUUAUGCGCAACAAUCAGCCCUAAAGAAGUUAAAACAGCAGUGUUCAGUAUGCAUCCCGACAAAUCCCUUGGACCGGACGGUUUCAACCUGGGUUUCCACCAAGCAUUUUGGGACAUUCUCGGAAAUGAUAUGGUCCUUCUUUGUAAUGACUUCCUAUCCUCCGGCAGAUUGCCCCAAGAUCUAAACACUACCCAGCUUGUGCUCAUUCCUAAAAAGACAACACCUGAAACUGUCGCAAAUCUUCGCCCAAUCUCUCUUUGCAAUGUCACCUACAAGAUCAUAGCAAAAGUCCUGGCAAAUAGAAUGAGAACUCUAAUGGAUAACAUCAUAGCUGAGAACCAGAUUGCAUUCAUUCCAGGAAGAUUAAUUUUAUAUAACAUUAUGCUAGCAUCCGAGGUCCAACAUUAUCUCAAAAGGAAAUACCAGGGAAAAGACGGUUAUGUUGCUCUAAAGCUUGAUAUGAGCAAAGCUUUUGACAGAAUUGAAUGGUCCAUGCUUCAAGCAAUUCUUCUCAAAAUGGGCUUCAAUAGCUGGCGGGUUCACUUAAUCAUGGAGUGUGUCUCUACAGUCCAAUUCCAGAUCCUUAAUGAUGGUAAAGUUAUUGGUACGGUUCAACCACAAAGGGGUAUUAGACAAGGCGACCCCCUCUCUCCAUAUCUUUUCAUUCUAGUGGCAAAUGCUAAUCCUAUGGAAAGUCAUGUGAUUAAGGAAAUUCUAGCCUCAGGUCAGGUCAUCAAUUACUCUAAAUCUUCCAUCAACUUUAGUAGAAAUGUCAAUGAGGACUUGAAAGAAGUGUUUGAGCAGAUUAUUGGUGUUGGCAAUAUGGGCAUAAUGGGCAACUACCUGGGUUUAUCGUCUCUAGUGGGGCGUAACAAGAAUGAAAUCUUGGUUGAGAGGGCCAUGAACGCUUUCUGGUGGGGAGCUGAAUACGAAAGCAUAAAAGGCAUCAGAUGGAAGGCUUGGGAUAAGCUAUGUAAGCCUAAAGACUGGGGAGCAUGGAGGCUUUUGGAAAAUACAUCAUCCCUUGUUAGUAGAGUGCUCAAGGCCAAAUACUAUUCCACUGGCACCUUCCUAACUGCUAACAAAGGUAGCAACCCCUUUUUCAUUUGGAGCAAUCUCAUUGGCUCUCAGGAGUGCAUCAUUCGCCAUAGCUGCUGGAGAGUCGGGAACGGGAAUACUAUCAACAUCUGGUUAGAUAAUUGGCUACCGGACAACACUAAUCCUAGAACCACCAUUGCUGUCUAUCUUUAUAUGUUGGAUGCCAAAGUCUCUUCUCUUAUGAUUAACCAGAAACAAGGCUGGGAUGUGGACAUUAUUAAGGAUAUUUUCAAUCAGCGUGAUGCAGAUUUAAUUUUAAACACUCCCCUGUCAAGAUCUAAUAGGGAUGACAAACUGAUUUGGAUGGGUGAAGAUCGUGGAAACUUUACUGUCAAAAGUUGUUACAAAUUGCUACCUGGUAUGGAACUUCAUGAUGAGAAAAAAGAGUGGUCAAUCAUCUUGAAAGUCAAAGCCCCUCCCAAGGUUCGCUCAUUCAUGUGGCAGGUUUGUGCCUCUUGCCUCCCAACUGCUGAUUUACUUCAAAUUCACAGAGUUAAUUGCAAUACCAUAUAUCCCCUUUGUGAAUUUGUUGAUGAAACUAGUAUGCACAUCUUCAUGAUUUUGAAGGCUCUUAAUAGCGACUCUAAAUGGCUUUUCAUGCUUAUUUGUUGGUAUAUUUGGCAAGCAAGAAAUGACAAGAUCUGGAACUCUCAAACCACUUCCCCCACCUCCACGGUUUUCAAAGCCAAAACACACUUCUCCGAAUGGACUUCUGUUAAUGAAAAAGAGGCUGCAAACACCCCUACUCAGCAGCAACUUAUCACAAAAUGGGAAAAACCAUGUACGGGAUGGAUAAAAAUCAAUGUGGACGCAGCAAUGGAUCCAACAACGAUGCAUGAGAAUUAG